UGCUCGCAUAAUUUCAAUUAAGUUCAAUUAAUUAUUUAUUUUGGGUUAGUAACAUUAUUUCGCUGUGUGGUGUAAAAUUCUGCAGAUCUAAAAUGCAUCCUGAUCGGGCAAACGUCCCUCUGUACAUUUGUUGUUUUAUUUUGUUACUGAAUCAAGUGCUCCCCUCGGAAAUGGAAAACUCUGGAGCAAGUUUUUCUUGGGAUCCUCGUGGUUACGUAUUUUACUGUCCCUGUAUGGGAAGAUUUGGAAACCAGGCUGAACAUUUUCUGGGAGCUUUAGCAUUUGCAAAAGCCCUUGACAGAACGUUAAUUCUUCCACCUUGGAGAACAUACAAAAAUGUACCUUUUUCUGACUUUUUCCAAGUGCAACCUCUUCAAACCUAUCAUAGGGUUAUUUUAGCGGAGGAUUUUAUGAAGCAUCUAGCUCCCACUCACUGGCCCAAAGGAAUAAGGCGUGGUUACUGCUGGUUACCCCCUGGGUCUGAUAGGAAAUGUAUUAUGAAGGAGGGUAAUCCAUUCAAACCGUUCUGGGAUGAACUGGAAGUGGACUUUGAUGAGAAAAUUGUCUACCAUCUUGGAAUUCAUAUACAAGAUCCUUAUGAGAGGGAUCAAUGGCAAAGGAAAUUCCCAUCAUCAAGCCAUCCAGUUCUUGCAUUUAGAGGUGCCCCUGCUAGUUUUCCAGUUGAAGAACAGAAUCGGCAGGCACACGCUUUUUUGAAGUGGUCACAGAAGAUCAACAGUGAAGUGGAUGAGUACAUCAGCAACACUUUGCCUAAAGGGCCAUUUGUUGGUAUUCAUCUGCGAAAUGGAAUUGACUGGAGAAAUGCUUGUGAUCAUGCGGAAGGCAUGCCUCAAUACAUGGCAUCACCACAGUGUCUGGGGUACUCACGAUACAGAACUGUUACAAAGGAGCUUUGUUUUCCACCCAAGCAAGACAUCCUUAACCGCACUGAAACCGCUGUAAGAAGAUUUGGUGCCAAGGCUGUAUUUGUGGCCACUGAUAAUGAUCCAAUGAAAGAGGAAUUGAAAUUCAGGCUACAGGGGCUGAACGUGCAGAUUUUCCAUAUCAAUCCUUGGUUACCGCAGAUAGACCUUGCCAUUCUUGGUAGAGCUGACUUUUUCAUUGGAAACUGCGUGUCUUCUUUUUCUUCAUUUGUGAAACGGGAAAGAGACUCUAAUGGAAAACCUUCUACAUUCUGGGCUUUUGAUGAGUGAAAAAAAUCAGUGUAGCAGUACACCAGCACAGGUGCAGUAUCAUAGCUCCGUCAGCCGCAUUGACUGAAAGCAACUUCACCGAAAUGCAGUAGGAUUUCUCAUGAUUCCCUCAUAUGGACGUACUUAUUGUACAUGCGCAGCACAGAGCACGGCAAAUAGAGUUCGACAGCGAUCUGAGGCCAGGUACCUAGGAUUCAAGGCUUAUGUCGCAGAACAUAGUAAUGGCCUGUGCCCAAUAGUCUAUUAGGAAUGCAUUUGAAACACGGAAACAGGUGACAGGUCUGAAUCAUGAAAAGAUGUUAUGGGACACGUGGACGUACCGUGUGUAGCAUUUUAACUUUAGCCACAAGUUACCAUCAGAGCGGGAGUGUGCCCAUGGUUUGAUGUUAAAAUGAACAAUGUAGGUCAUACGAGAUUAAUCAUUGGAUAGGUACUUAAAGCUGUCGGGUUACCUUGUAAAACAAGACCAAGGGCCAUCAUAACUUAAACCUUUAAUGCGGGAAAGCGCGGUUAAAGAAGUCGCCAUUGAAUUCAAUUUUGUAUCUGAUUGGUUGACAGGGUGGCGUGAGCAUUCUAUACCAAUCAAAGAGUCUAGUAAGGAAACGGUUGGUCUUAAUAAAGUGUGUAGAGAGUGUCUGAGGUUUGGGGCCUAUAAGGGGAUAAGUGUCGAACCCCUGAAAGACAGAUUUUAAAAGGAAUUACAGUAAACGAAAAUAAUAAAUUGAACUGGAAAUAAAAUAUUGAUAAAUAAAAUAAAAAGAGGAUUAGCUUAUUGUCACCUCGUAACAUAAAAUUAGAGCAGAGACAACGAAAUUAGAGAAGCACACAUCACUUUCAAAGCGAAGACAUGACAUCAUUUUUUUACCCUUUAACACACUCAUUGAAAUAAAAUGUUUUCAUUCA